AUAAUGCACAUGCUACUGCAACUGGGCGAAGGUCUCAUCGAGGUCGUCGAGAUCAAACCAGAUCACGAAUUACUGGUGACACUGGACAGGAGCAAAAUCCAGACAAUAGGCAAAAGGGAGCUGGCGAACUUGUUGUUGGUCCUCCAGGUUUUCAGCACCGGAGACGCCAGCGGAGCCAAGGACCUGUUCGCCAAAUAUUCAGAAGUCCCAGAAAAGGGGAGGUAUCCUUUUGCCAAAUGGCGAAAGAUCAUCCUCGAUCACAAGAUGCCACGAAUGAUAUUCAUCCAGAGCAAUACAUAUUUGACUUUGAACAAGGACGAUGUCGUGUUGAAGACUUAUGAGGCUUCUGCACUCGGAUGCGUCCAGUCGUGGGUCGAUAGAUUUCCCAAUACGACGAUUGAUGAUAUUUUGGAAGAACUUUGGCAGAAGGAUGCCGAACAUUUUCAAUACGAGGCAAUUGUAUGA